AUGCGGGCAGUCCACAGGUUCGGGACCCAACGAGGACCCGAGGAGCAAAAGGACACACUCGGGGCAAGCUCGAAAUGGCUUCGCCGGAGAGUCAGGCGAGCGAAGCUGGCUCUGUCGGAAUUCCAGGAGUCGGCCAAAGACCGUUACCUGCACUUCUCGGCGACAGGGAGGCAGCGCUUCAGAGCUCUGCAAGCACUGAGAGAGCUGCCGACAUCAGACCUGCUGGAUCACCUGUGGGACACCUGGACUCAAGCCAACAGAAAGUUCGACGAUCGCUUCAACGCCUGGUUUGACAGGAGCGUUGCCGCCGCAGCCCAGUCGGCGCGGUCAGUGCGGGAUGGCCAAGCCCAGGAGCUUUGGCAGAAGAGCCGCCUCAGGUUGCAGCUUAUGCGCUGGAAGCAAAGCAUCGGGCUGUCGGCUUCUUCUGCCCAGGGCAAUGACCCCGGAAAGGAAGCUGCACCGAGGAAGCCUGCAAGGCCCGUUGACACUGGCGCCCUGGUUUUACUGGGCGCCGGAGUUGGAAGCGCUGCCCAGGGAUUCUUGGGCCCGGCGCUCUUCCUCUCUUCCUGGGCCACCUUCCGGGUGGCUCGGCGCUUCGUCGUCCAAUGCAUCGACGCCGAGGACGCCAAUCGGCUUUUCAGGUAUGCGCCAGCCAGCCUCCAGCGAAGGAAGGCAGAGCUUUUUGCGCAGCUUCAUCAUGAGCUCUUUGUCAUGCGGCGAAUUCGCGCGGGCGAUCUGCGCUACAUCGGACGGCCGGGGGACAAGAGCUGGCAGGCCGGCAUGGACCCUCGCAACGACCACACGCCGAUAACACUUUUCGACCUCACGAUGCAAUCCGUGGCGGCGCACCCGAGGGUCCACGAAUGGGUGGGUCAGACAGUUCGCGCUGUCGCAGAGCCGGACAAGGUGGUGUACCGGAUGCACGAGGGAAUCUCGGAAGUCUACCUGGGCUGGCACGUCAGAGGAGAGCUGGGCGACGCCGAAGUUCAGGUGAAAGCGACAGGCAGUGUGGUGGACUUCAUCUACAUCUUCCCUCAAGGCCGCGACCAUUACGGGCUGCAGCCGGAAGGCUUCGUCAUCCGCCCCAACGGAGACUCCUGGUCCCAGAACACCCACGACUUGCCGAGGUUCAUGAAGCAACCUUUCGGGAAGCAUGGCGGCAAGCUGUACCUGGAUCGCGAUGGCAUCUUCGACUUCGAUUACGAGGCCCUGCCCAAGUAA